ACUGACUCUGAAAACCCCCCAAAAAUAUCAAUUGCCAAAUUCUAGGGUUUACUCUCGGGCCCUCGAAGCUCAUCAAAGCGACGUCGUUUUCAAAUUUCUCUCCCACUUAUUAUCCGGAUAUUGUGCAAGCGGUUGUGUCAAUGAUCUGACCUGUGAAAAAGCUGGGAUUGGUCACACAUAAUCUUAGUGAUUGAAGUGUUUGUCAUAUUUUUAGUUAAGUUGUAACGUAUGAGAUGUAUGGUCAAGGGAAUUAUGGUCCUCAGUUUGGGCAUGGUCCUAAUGCACCCAUGCCACCUGCAUACCCACAGCGUCCUCUGGCUCCACCUCCUCCUCCUCCUCAUUUCCAGCAAGGGUCCUCAGCCCCACUACCUCUUUUGAAUCAACAAGCUCCUCCUGCUGUCCCACCACCUCAUUUAGGUCACCCAAGCCCUCAUAUAUAUCAUCAGCAUGGUCAUCCUGCCCCAACCCCGACAAUUCACCAAGGUCCACCCAUUCGAGUUCCAUCUGGUGGGAUGCCAAACACAGGUCAAUCUUAUUUACAAAUGCAUGGAAGUGCCCCCUUGCCUCAUACUUAUUCAAAUAUUCAACAGAAGUCACAACAUCCUUCACAUUUAGGGACACAGAAUGUGCAUCACAUUCCACCACCAGUACCUCCUCCUCCUCUUGGGCCUCCUCGCUCAGAAAUGUUACAGGUUCCACCUCCUCCUAGAGUAUUACCUCAUCCUCCACAAGAACAAACAUUGUAUAGAGCUCCGGUUCAUCCCCGACCACAGCAGCCUGGUGCUAUGCAGAAUCUUCAGCAUUUCCCAUCUCUCCCACCUCCCCCUCCUACUCAUAGUUUCUCUAGUCCUGCACAAGUAGGAAGUUUUGUACGUUCAACUGUUGGAGAGUCUCAAUCACCUUUCUUGGUUCCUCCGCCACCGCCAUGUUCUCCACCACCUAUUCCACCUUCUCCACCACUGCCCACUUCUUCCUUGACUUCAUCUUCUACUCCCAAACCAGUUAGACAUAUUGCAUCUGACCAUGUUGGCAAUCUAAAUCCGGAAGGUGGAAGUGGCUCUGAGGUGGGCCCGCUAGUGAGAGAUGGUGCAUCAGGUCUUCCUCCACCUCCACCUAAGCCAACAGAAGAAAAAGUUGUUCAGAAGAUUGAAGGUUUAUGCCAGCUUAUUGCUAAGAACGGUCAUGAUAUUGAAGAUAUGACUUACCGAAGUGAAGGUGUUUCAACAUUGAGGCCUUUUAAAAACGAGUCUUCAGUGCAAUCCGAUCGUCUUAUGGUUGGAGCUAGAUGUAAUUCACCUUCUGAUUCUGACAUGGAGAUGGAGGAUGAUUUUACCCAGUCUGACGAAGACCAGGGAGUCAAUCACUCAAUUGAAAGACUUAACAAUGGGUGUGAUUUGGUCCACAAGAAGCUUGAUGCAAAAGAGCAGUUACAUGUGCUGCAUAGUUUAGCAGAAGGUAACCCAUUGAAGGAUGUUUUAUCUGAAAAAGUGACUUGCUCUAGGUCCGCAGAACUAGGUGAACAAGUGCUGCAUCAUGAACACUCAACAUCUGGAAGGUCAACUUCUGAAGUUCAUAGCCCAGUCAUGAUUCCUGCUGGAGCUUCAGAAUGCCCUGUUGCCAGCAAUUCAAAGAAAUCUAUUACUCCUCUAUCUGAUGAAUUAGGUCCAUCCAGGACUGCAGCAACUCAAGCUAUCAAUUCUGAUAUGUGUUCUGGUGAACUAUCCAUAGGUGGCAGCCCAUUCAGACUUCUACAACACCACUAUGCUUCUGAUGACAGUUCAGGAAAUGAUGAUGAACCCCACCGUGAAGAUGGUAGUGUUUUAAAGCUUUCGCCAUCAGUUACAGCUGGUGCUAUGAAUUCCCUUGGAGAUACCGGUUGUAAUCUGGAUACAGAUGUAGAAUCCAAGGGUUCCUGCAGGACUGGAAAGGGAUUCGGAUGGCUCUCUGAAUCCAGCAUGCCCUACAGGGCUCAAGAAAUUCCCUCAGAUGCUCAAAAAGAGGUUAAGGAUACUGGUACAGCAUCUAUCUCAAGUGGGACAACUGAUGAACAUGUUGAUUGUAAACAUGACAAUCAAGUGCCGAUUAGUCAUUCUGCUUCUCAUGAGGCUGUUUGGGAUAAAGAUGACAUGGAUAGUGCUGGUGUUGAUGUUUCUAAGGGUUCUAUGUCUCAAAAUAAAAAUAACGAGAAAAAGGAAAAACUUGAAUCAACUCCUUCAAAAGUAGAUGAAUUUGGGAGAUUAGUCAGGGAAGAUGCUACUGAUAGUGACAGUGAUCAUUCCCACUACACUCGAAGGCGUAAUAAGAGAGGUAGAAGUAGGAGCCGGAGCCGAUCUCCUCUAGAUAGAAGGAGGAGGAGGAGGAGUCCUUGGAAAAGAAGGGAGAGGCGAAGCCGAUCUCGCAGCUGGUCUCCUAGGAACCGAAGAAGCAGGAGCAGGUCUCCCGUAUUUAGGCGUACAGGUGAGUUCAGUGUUGAAAAUAGGAGACGGGACAAGGGUCAGCUUCCAGAAUGCUUUGACUUCCUUCGAGGAAGGUGUUACCGAGGAGCGUCCUGUCGAUAUAUGCACCAUGAAUCUGACAGGAGCAGUGGAUCAAGGCACCAAAGGAGCAAACAGCAGUAUCUGGAAGUUCCUCCUAGUAUGAAGAAUUCAAAGUUUCGUGAAGAGAUUCAUGAUCUCUCAGCAGAAGUAUCUAAUCAUGAGCGUGAAGCAUUAAAGAGCCAGGUGCAAUCCUUUCAAGACGAGGAUGGUGCUACAGAAGAUGGGAACAUCAAUUGGAAAAGAGAAGAUACUAUUAGAGAUGCUCAGCAAUCUGGUAUUUCAGAUAGUGAUGGUCGAAUAUCCAAGUCCAAUAUAAGUAAAUAUGAGGGUUCUAGAGUUGUAGCAGAAGUGCAGAAAAUGCAAGCUAUUCAAGAAAAUGCAGAGCAGCCUACUACUGACAUCCCUGAUGGUGAGAGCUGUCGGGGAACAGUGGAUUCUCAACAGCCAUUCGCCUUGGAUGGUUUUCCCUCUCAAUCUGUUAGUGAUGCUGAUGCCCUGAAGUCACAAGGGCUUCAAAAUGCUGAUUACCCAUCUCGGCUGGUAUAUGACUCUUCUAUAUCUGAUUCAUCUCAGGAUCUUACAUCCAUGACUUCCCCUAAUAAGUUAUCAAUGGGUGAACCUCUUCCAAAUACGAAAUCAUCAACUCAGCCAUGCCCUGACACAAGUUCUGUCAGCCAGCCGCUUUCAUCUGAACAAUUCUCAUUGCAAUCCUCGGCUCCUAAAGAUUCAUCUCAUCAUAUUUCUGCUAUGGAUUUUUCACAUCAUCCAUCUGAGUUGCACCCUCCUCCAGUCUCACACGGUGCAAAUGCUGCACAUAUGCCACAGGCACCGAAGGAUCACAACUUGACACCACAGAGUGCAUCCUUUCCAUUUGGAUCUGCUCCUGCAGAAAGUUUCCAUCCUUACCAAGCUGCAUCUUCCAAUCAAAAUUCUCAAUAUUCUGUACCCCAAAGUACCUGGAUCUCCUUGCCACCGCCACCUCCACGACCAUUGUAUGACUCAACUUCUAAUGCAGGGACUGUCACACCAGGUGUUUCUUCACAGUUUCAGGAGGGUCACUUGCUGACCUUCAGUUCUCAGACUUCUGUUAGGCUCUACCCUAGCAACAGGCCUGUUUAUACGCAGGUUAGCGAAUUUCCUUCUCAAGCAUAUCCUCCAGGGCAGGAGCAUCAUCGACCUUUCUCUUAUUUGGAAGAUUUGGGAUCAAACCCUCUGCCUAUGAGCAAUCAGCCUAGUCAACCUUUGUGCAGCACUAGUCUUACAAGAGAAAAUCGUCUUUCACAGCCUCCGGCCCAGGAUUUAAUUUCCUCAAGCUCCUUUGCUACUGGUAACAUGCUUCCUCAACUUAUGCCCUCUUCACAGGAAUUAUUUCCCAAUGAAAUGAAACCUUUUUCUGGUGACAAUUUGGCCACUGUCGAACUUGUAAAGUCAUCUUCCCAGAGUCAUCCUUAUUCACAGCAGCAACGGCCACCAUAUGGUUUGCAAUACCCUGCAACUGAUAGCAUUUUGGGUGUGCCUGGAAAGACUGUUCCUGUGUCGAAAUACCCGCCAGAUCUUCUGGAUGGGCAUAAGUCAUCUCAAAUUCUUGCAUUUGGAGGAACAAGAAUUUCUGCUCAUUAUAAUCCUUAUGCUUCUACUUUUGAGCAGCCACUGAGCUCCAAAUUCAGUUCUGAUGAAUUCAAGCAAGAUAAGGGAGCCCCUUGUUCUAAUAAAUAUGAUUGCUCAUUUAAGUCGAGUCAUGUUCCAGUUGAUGGGUUAGGUGUAGGCAGUGUCGGAUCAAGACAGACAACUUCCUCACCAAGUUCCACCAAAGCAGUUGGGCAGAUUUUGCCUAGGUUAGGUGGUGAUCAGUAUGAUCCACUUUUUGACAGCAUUGAGCCGUCAUCAAAUUCGUUCAGGAGAGAUGAUCAUGGUCUAAAGCAGGAACUUUCUGGUGAAUCUGACACCAUACUAAGGCUCAGUGGUACCCGCAAGCCACUGACUGUGGAAGAGAAGCAUAAAGAAGUUGGGUCUGUUGCUUCAACUGCGUCUCUGGACAAUGAUGAAUAUGGUGAGACAGCAGAUGCGGAAGUGGGUGCUGUUGAGAAUGAGAGCCCAAGCAAUCCUAUUAAUGUAGCAAACAUGACUGGGGGUGAAAUUGAGAUUGAUCAGAUUAAGUCUUCAGGGAAGAGUAGGAAGAGCAAGGAUUCUAGAUCCUUGAAACUUUUCAAGGUUGCUGUUGCAGAUUUUGUAAAAGAGGUUCUUAAGCCAUCAUGGCGACAAGGUAAUAUGAGCAAGGAGGCAUUUAAGACCAUUGUUAAGAAGACUGUUGAUAAGGUGUCCGGAGCCAUGAAGAGCCACAAGGUGCCCAAGUCUCAGGCAAAGAUAGAUCAAUAUAUUGACUCAUCACAGCGGAAACUAACAAAACUUGUGAUGGGCUAUGUAGAUAAGUAUGUCAAGGCGAUUAAUCACUCCAUGAAAAUUAAUGAUGCAGUUCUUGAUUAUCAGGAGGGUAGUUCUUUAAUGAAAAAUGCUCCUGAAAGAGGUUUACGUAUAGAUUCUUGGGCCGCUACUAGUGGAACGAGGGAAUUGGGGAUGCCCCAAAUUAAUUCAGAAUCAAAGAAAAGAAGAAAGAAGCAGAAGGGUAGUCAUACUGCCCUUGAAACUAGUUGUAGAGAUUCUGAUCCUCCAGAAGGUACCUCUUCAUUGAAUUUAAGUUCACCAGAAAUAGAUCAAUCUCUACAACCUCUGGUCAAAUCAUGCUUGAAGUUGGAGCAAGAAACUGCUCAAUCUUGUGCAGAAGUAAGUUGUUCUCAAGUAAACAUUGAGAGAAAGAAGCACAACGAGAGGCAGAGUGGCUCAGAAAUUAAUGUUAUAGACUGUGAUAUUCAAGAAAGUGGUACAAAUGUUAAGAAUUUUGAGAAAGAUGAAAAUUCUGUUCUCGAAGUUUCAGAUAUGAACUCAUCAGAUUUAAAGGAUACCUUUGUCGUUGUUGGAGAGCAAAUAGGAUGUCCUAAGAGUGCAAAUACUAGUUUAAUCGAGAAAUGUGAUCACGAUUUAGAGAAUAAACAUGUUUCACUUGACCAGAGGAAUGUUAAAACCUAUAGUAGGAAGAAAAGAGGCAGAACUGAUAGCAGGGGAAAUGGAAAGAGGAAUGUUAACACCUAUAGAAGGAGGAAAAGAGGUGGAACUGAUAGCGGGAUAAAUGGGAAGUCCUCUGCUUCCUUUCAAAAUGCUUCAGAAGAGGUUAUGAGGGACCCUUUGUGUCAUUGUUCGGAUGAAGUACCAACAGCCAGGUUACGGGAGAAGAAGGUAGAUAGAACACUUUUAGGGGAGCAUGGUACCUCAGUAGAGGUUAUGGAACAUAUGUUGAUGGAAGAAGCCUUGUUUUGCCUUCCAGAUGGUGAACCUGCAUCUGGGGACUGCAAGGAGAAAAUUAAAAUAAAGAACUUGGAAAAGAAUUCUUGUGAACUUAGUUCUGCAAAUGAUGUUUCUGUGGCAGACAUCCCAAACGAGCUCUUGGAACGGAAUAAUGUGGCAAAGCAUCGUAAGAUCCAAAUCAUAGGAGGAGAGGUGUUUCGUGGAAAUGAAGAUUUCGAUGAACCUGCAUCAUGUGGUGAGGGGGAAACUUCUAAAUCUGGAUGUGAUUCUUCCUGCAAGCACCUAGAGCAGAUGGAUGCUGAGAUAGAAACGAAGAUGGAAGGAAUUCUACCACCACACUCGGGUUUUGUAAAAAAUGAUGCUGAUUUGGAUGUUGUCAUCACAGAGCAGAAUGUUUCACAAAUAUCAAGCUCUCCACCAGAAAGAGCUCUUAUGGAUUCUAAUAAGAAAAAGCUUCUCAUUCUUGAUGUGAAUGGACUGCUUGUUGAUAUUGUUCCUUAUGGAUAUAAAGUCGACAUAAUGAUAUCAGGGAAAGCAGUUUUUAAGAGGCCUUUUUGUGACGAUUUUCUACAGUUUUGCUUUGACAGAUUUGUUGUGGGUGUCUGGUCAUCAAGAACAAAGAGGAACAUGGACAGGCUGAUCGAUUUUAUUAUGGAAGAUUCCAGAGACAAGUUGCUCUUCUGCUGGGAUCAAUCACACUGUACCAGUACUGGUUUCACUACUAUCGAGAAUAAAGAGAAGCCUCUGGUUUUGAAGGAACUUAGAAGAUUAUGGGAAAAGCUUGAGCCUAAUCUCCCAUUUGAAAAGGGGGAGUAUAGUGAAGCAAACACAUUAUUGCUGGAUGAUUCACCAUACAAGGCUCUACGUAAUCCGGUGAAUACGGCAAUAUUUCCCCAUACAUAUCGGUAUAGGGAUGUGAAUGAUACGUCAUUAGGCCCUGGAGGCGAUCUUCGAGCUUAUCUCGAAGCGUUAGCAAUGGCGGAGGAUGUUCCAAGAUAUGUGCAGGAGAAUCCAUUUGGUCAACGUGCCAUUACUGAAGCAAACCCAUCAUGGGGCUUCUAUCGUAAGAUAAUAGAAGCCAACGCACACCCACAUCAAGAUGACGCCAACACUUCUUUUGUUUACCAGUAGUACUUGGUGUUCUUCAUAUAAUGCCCAAGACAUCAAGCUUUGGAGAAGUUUUCAUGGAUUCUGGAGUUGCUGCUGGUGGGUUUUUUGAGAUGAAUGGGCUUUUUGUGUUGUUAUAUAAACUUACAACCUUCAGAUGGAAGGCCUUUUUUGUAUCACUGAUCCUUUUGACCUCUUGCUCCCUAACCACAAUGGUGUUCUAUAUUAUUCCAUGUAAAAUCAAAAGGCAUUCUUUUGUUUUGUUCAGUUCUAGCUAUUUUACAUUAUCAGAUCAUAUAAUGUACCGAGCACUGAACUCUACUAGACCUGAAGUGCUAUAUUAAUUAACAAAGUGGGAAUCUUUGACAUAAAUCUCGUGGUUCUUGU